AUGGAUGAAAAAUUUGUUAACGAGGACAAGCAACCUCAGGACAUUGAACACGACGUUCAUGUCCUAAGCUUUGAAGAAGACAACAAAAUCAAAUUUGCUGCUACACGUAUACAUCGUCCUGAAAGAACCAGAACUAUGCAAACGGUCGACACUACUGGCUCCCGCAGACCUUCCAUUAGCGCGCCUCAUAUACCCAAGAAAACAAAAGCCAAGAAGAACGUAGAUAUUACUGAGCAUCUGUUGACUCCUGAAGCUUGUGCUGACAAGUUCAAUACACAUAUCAAUAUGAAAAAAGCUGCUGAAUCCGAAGGCCUUACUUCUCAACAAGCCGCUAAUGUCUUAUCUGAAACGGGUCCUAACAUUUUAACACCACCAAAGAAAAGACAUCCCUUCCUCAAGUAUCUUGACUGCGUUCGCAAGCUAUUCAAUCUCUUAUUGAUCUUGGCUGGUGUUUUGGACUACAUCUUAUUGGGUAUUGACUUCAAGGGAAAUUUUCCUAAUACCUAUCUAGGAGCUAUCUUAAUUGGUGUCUCUUUACUUAACGCCUUUAUUGAAUUUUAUCAAGAACAAAAGUCUCAAGCUCUUCUUGAUUCGUUUAUGAAUAUGGUUCCUGCUCGUUGCAUGGCCAUUCGUGACAGUAAAGUACAACAAAUCGGUGCUGCUGACCUGGUCGUUGGCGAUGUUGUACUUGUUCGAAUGGGUGAUAAAAUCCCUGCUGAUCUAUACAUUUUUGCUGCUUCUGAUUUGAAAGUUGAUAAUUCUCCUUUGACGGGUGAAUCGGAUCCUCAAGAGCGUGGCCCGCAUAACACACAAAAGAAUGUAUUAGAGGCAGAAAAUAUUGUCUUCAAUGGUACCUUGGCUGUCUCUGGUGAAGGAUAUGGUAUUGUCGUACGUACAGGUGAUAGCACAGUACUUGGACAAAUUGCUGGCUUAACGGCCGGUGAAGCAAAGAGUGAAUCCCCACUUUCUCAAGAGAUUUCUAACUUUGUUAGAAUCAUUGCUACUAUUGCAUUCGUUACUGCAGUUAUUUUCUUCGGCAUUGGCUUCCCUGUCAACAACAACAAUAUUUCAUUGACUCUCAACUUUGCUAUUUCCGUUUUCGUUGCUUGGGUUCCAGAAGGUUUGCCUGCCACUGUCACCAUCCUUUUAACUAUCUCUGCAAAACGUAUGGCUGCCCGUAAUGUUCUUGUCAAAGAUCUUCAAGGUGUUGAAACAUUGGGCGCUAUAACUCUGUUGGCCACUGAUAAAACUGGUACACUGACUCGUAAUCAGAUGACUGUUACUUACGUCUGGACUUGUCUUCAAAUGCGCAAUGUUAUGGAUAAACAAUUAUUGCAACAACAACAAAAUAGACUUCAAGACACUCCUGGUGUCAGCGAACUGCUUACGAUUUGUGCCUUAAACUCAAGAGCCAAAUUCGAUCGUGUAGACGUUCCUGUCGCUCAGCGUCAAAUCUUGGGUGAUGCUACCGAAACGGGUCUUGUUCGUUUCGCUGGUGAACAAUUUGGUAAACAAUUCGAUAUUCUUCCCGAUACCUAUCCCAAGGUGUUUGAAAUUCCUUUCAAUUCCGAUAAUAAGUGGGCCAUGACGAUUCAUCAGAAAGAGCAUGCUGCUGGACCACUCACACUAUAUGUUAAAGGUGCUCCCGAGCGUGUCUUGAAGUUGUGUAAUCAGUUUCUAUUACAGGACGAUAGCGGUAACACAUACACUGUGCCAUUGUCUGAUGAACAUUGUAAAGCUUUCCAAGAAACGUAUUCUUAUAUGGCUGGUCAAGGUCACCGUGUAUUGGCUUUCGCUCAAUAUCAACUACCCGCUUCUGAAUACCCUGCUAACUAUAGGUUCAAUAAGAAUGAAAAAAACUAUCCUAUGUCUGGUCUUACCUUUGUUGGUUUAGUUUCAUUGGAAGACCCUCCUAAGCAUGGUGUUCGUGAAGCCAUUGGUAAGUGUCGCGCUGCUGGUAUCAAGGUCAUGAUGGUCACGGGUGAUCACCCCUUAACUGCUGAAGCUAUUGGUCGAAAGAUUAACUUGAUGAUUGGUGAUACCAAGACGAUGGCUGCUCAAAAACUCAAUAAGCCGGAAGAGGAUGUGCAAGACUAUGAAUAUCAAAGUAUUGUUAUUCAUGGCGAUACCAUUGAUAACCUGACAGAUGAAGAUUGGGAUACGAUUUUCUCAAAGGAUGAAAUCAUAUUUGCUAGAACAUCACCCAAGCAUAAAUUAGAAAUUGUGAAACGCGCUCAAUCUAUGCGCCAUAUUGUGGGUGUUACUGGUGAUGGUGUGAAUGAUGCACCUGCGUUAAAGAAGGCCGACUUGGGUAUCGCAAUGAAUAUCUCGGGUUCCGACGUUUCCAAAGAAGCUGCUGCAAUGAUUUUGCUCGAUGAUAACUUUGCAUCCAUCAUCCAUGGCAUUGAAGAAGGCCGUUUGAUUUUUGUCAAUCUUAAAAAGUCAAUCAUGUACACAAUUACUCAUUCUAUGCCAGAAGUCAUUCCUAAUUUAUUGUAUAUCAUUGUUCCGUUGCCAUUGCCUCUAUCUGCUAUCUUAAUCUUGGUGAUUGAUUUGGGCUUUGAGUUGUUUGCUGCUUUAACGUUCGCUUGGGAUGUUCCGGAAUCUCAAGAAGGCUUGAUGAAACUACUUCCACGUAAGCCUGCUACACCUGAAUCCAUUGACCGCCACCGUCGUAUGUUGCAUCGCACCCAACGCUAUAAAACUUACGAUCCUGAAACAGGAGAAGAAGUCCGAGGCUCCCUCUUUAAACGUAUCUCCAACAAAUUACAUGAAUUGUUUACGGCUGCUUAUUGGAAGGAAAAGUUUGAGAAAACAGAAGAUGAAGUCUUGGUAGACUUGCCACUACUGUCUUGGUCUUAUCUAGAGGUUGGUAUUAUUGAAUCCAUUGGCUGCUUAACCGCAUAUUUUGUCGUAUUAUGGUAUAAUCAUAUUACACCUUACGAUGCAGUGGUGAUGCAACGUGGAAGCGGUGCUCCUACUUAUUUUUUCUCAGAUGGCCCUAUUUAUGCCCAGAAUUAUAUCACUGCUUCCGGGUACGUGUUGGAUUCUUCUGCUCAGAAGACCGCUCUUGGUCAAGCCCAAUCCAUUGUUUACUUCAGUAUUAUGAUCAUGCAAAUGUUCAAUAUGUUUGCUUGUAAAACACGUUUUUCAGUUCCGUUUGGCAAGUACAUGUUCUCCAACUUGAUGACAUUUGUGGGUAUUUUUGGAGGUGCCUCUUUGGCUGCUUUGAUUGUCUAUUGCCCGCCUUUCAAUAUUCCUUUUGGUACUAAUUGGCAUCUUUCUCCACUCUGGUGGUUGAUUGCUUUCGGAUUCGGCUUUGUCAUUUUGGCUUAUGCUUGCUUACGUAUCACUCUCAAACAAAAGUUCGAUCCCAUUCAAUUUAAUCCUGACAUUCAAGGCUUACGUAUGUACCCUACCAUUCGUACAGUGGCCACUCAAGAUUCUCGUUCUGUAAAUAGAAUAGUUUAA